AAAAAAAUAUAUCGAAACAUGACGUCGAUUUUCGGACAAACAAUUGUCCCAAAAGCGGGAGUUGAAGAAGCUCUUCCUGUAUGGAUGAAAAUAGAUUGGCGUCCAGAGAUAGAAAAGGGAAUUUACAUUGAUUGGGGAAAGUAUUACUCACGAAGAGGCAGGGUAAACCAUGCUUUGACGUAUCUUAAUAAAGCUUCUGAGCUUGCACCAGAGGACGUUAUGAUAUUAUACAAUCGUAGUAAAAAUCUGCGUAGAAUUGGUAAAACCCAUUCUGCUUUGGAGAAUUGCAAGGCAGCACGAAAAAUUUUAAAAUCAUCAUUGGGACCUCAAAGCUAUCCAGUUAAUCUGGAAACUUGUGAUGCGCUAUACGAAUUAAAUCGCUUUGAAGAUGCUAAGGCCGAAGCGCACAAUAGCGCAAAUCUCUUUUCGAGUAACAAGACACAAGCUUUUGAAGAUCGAUUACUUGUGAUUGACGAAAAUAUACGUGAUUGUUGUGGCGAUGGACUAACCCCAUUUAUUUUGAAGAACCAAAAUAUCAUUACACAUGUACAAGAUCUUGAAAAUAAUAAAAUGAAGAUUGACGAGCGUCCACUUUGGAAGAUAUUGAAAGAAGAAGGCAAAUGCGAUGUUUUGAGCAUUCCGGAGAUUAAAAGUCAACAAUUGUCUCCUCGCGAAAUCGCAAGAAGGCGCCGAGCUUACGAUAUUUGUAAUCAAUAUUACCUAGACAAAUCUUGGAAGGACGUACUUUUCCUAGAAAAAUUAAGAACAAACCCAAAUGUGCUAAUGCCACAAUGCAGAAACUCGCAUAAAUUUCUGGAGUCAUUGAUCAAACAGCAAUAUAAAAUCGUACAAAAAUUCGCGAAAAUGAUACAUUCCCGCUCUCCGAUGUACUAUAUGCGCUAUAACAAGCAUGCAGACAAAACCCUCUCGGACAAAUUCAUGGAAGACCAAUUAUCCCGCAUACAGUACCAAACUCGACGAAAUAUGGUUGCAGUCUUAAGAACCAUUAGACGUCUUCGUGAAGAACAAAAUAUAUCGAAACUUUCAAAGUAUGUUGAGGAGGUUAUGGGAGAAUAUGUAGUUUUGAAAACUUUUAGAAUAAUGCCGUGGAAAUUUGAAUUUAUCAACGAAGUAUAUAAUACUUUGGCACUAGCUCUGGCCGAACAAUAUUAUGUUCCAAGAAAAUUUAAAUUCAAUGAGAAGAAAGCUUUCCACCAUCUGCUUCACCUUGAGACCGAUAAGAUAAAGGAUACCCCACAAUUUGUGUUCGGAGACCGUUCCACAUAUCAAGAUACAGAUGCAAUGGAUCUAAGUAGUAUAAAAUCAAGGAGGCAAAUUUCAAAUCUUGAAAAUCGUAUGAUAUUCGCAAAAUACUCGAUUGAAAAAUGCUAUUUACUCCAUCAAAUAGCUAAUAUUCAUCUUGACUCCAAUCGUUAUGAGGAAUGCGGCUUUAUCGCUCGUAAGGCAAUUGAAGAAUCAAAAAAUUGUAAUAGCUUACUUUGGAGUUUUCUCUGCACAAUUUUGAUUGUUAAAUCGAAUGCAUCUCUUAACAAAUUUGAGCGUGCAAAGGAAGCUUUGAGGAAUGCUAUGCAAAUUGCUAUUGAUCUGGAUUGCCAUAACCUUACAGAAUUUGUGGAAAUGAGUUUUUCAUGUCUUGAGCGAAUUUCCAUCAAGGGAAGUUUAAGCAACCCUUCUAGUCAUCGGGAAAGCAAAUCAUCAGGUGGUAGCACUAACAGCAUGUAAACUUUGCCUAACCCUUUCUCUUUCCUUUGAACUCGAUUUAAAAAUAUCAAAAUUUAUUGUGUUUUUAUUUAAAUUUUUCGUGUAAAUAUAUAAUUUUAUAUAAAAGACUGCAUA